AUGUCGCCUUCGAAAGUAGGUAGGAAGCCAGGGUCGAAAGGGAAGCCCGAUUUUAGCAGCUCCAAGGGAUCGAUAUCACAGCAAACCGAACCCAAGCAGCAAUUAAGGUUUUCCUUAUGGAAUUUCUGGGUUGCUAGUACGGCUUUGAAGGUUCUUCUUAUGCCAGAUUACGUUAGUACUGAUUUUGAUGUUCACCGUAAUUGGAUGGCAAUUACGAAUAAACUUCCGCUAAAAGAGUGGUAUUUAGAGUCUACAAGUCAAUGGACACUUGACUACCCACCUUUCUUUGCAUAUUUUGAAUGGUUUUUGUCGCAGGUUGUUCCUGCUUCUGUGCGUGCAGAUGGGUGCUUGGAUAUCGUUGAAGUGGGGCAAUAUGGGUGGCCUACGAUAUUAUUUCAGCGGUCUACCGUGAUUAUCAGUGAGAUCUUAUUAUUUGUGGUGUUACAGAUAUUUAUCAAUACUAGUGACGUUUCUGAACGCUCUGUGAACUUUGUUGUUGCGAGUAGCAUUGCGCUUUCGCCAGCGUUCUUUAUCAUUGAUCAUAUUCACUUCCAAUACAAUGGGUUCUUGUUUGCAAUUCUAAUAGGUUCAAUAAUUGCUGCAAAAAAACAAAGGUAUCUUUUAUGUGGAGCACUGUUUGCAACAUCACUCUGUUUUAAGCACAUUUUCCUGUAUUUGGCGCCGGCGUACUUUGUGUUCCUCUUAAGAGCAUAUGUUUUGGACAUUAACGCUCUCAAGUACAAAAGUUACAGAGACUGGGUAUUUGUGCCCCAGUGGAGGAAUUUGUUCAAGCUUGGUGGUGUAGUUUUACUGAUAUUUACGAUAUGCUUUGCCCCAUUUAUUACCGUGAUGCCACAACUGAUAGCUAGGUUAUUUCCUUUCUCUAGGGGUUUGACGCAUGCAUACUGGGCACCGAACUUUUGGGCAAUAUAUUCUUUUGUGGAUAAGGUUUUAGCAGCUGUCAUGUUGCGGAUGCCUUAUGUUCAUAAUUGUGUGUCAAAACUAUUCAGACCUCUGUUGGUUCCAGCCACAAGGGAGGAAAUUAAACAUAAGAUGGCAACCGUAAAUAAUGGUACAAGAGGUUUAGUGCAAGAUGUAUACUUUUUGAUUUUGCCUCAGAUACAGCCGAAAUUAACAUUUCUGUUGACUCUAUUUUACCAGUUACUGGCCGUGAUACCGGUAUUUAUCAACCCUUCAUUCAAAAGGUUUAUUGGAUCUUUGACACUAUGUGGGUUUUCAGCAUUUCUAUUUGGCUGGCAUGUGCAUGAGAAGGCUAUCAUGCUAGUCAUAAUUCCGUUUUUCUUCCUUGUUUCGUUCGACAGAAGAUUUUUGACACCGUUCUACCUUUUAACAGCUUCAGGGUACGUCUCCCUGUUCCCGCUUCUUUACAAAUCUAAUGAUUUUCUAAUAAAGGUCUUAUACACUUUGAUCUGGUGUAUCAUCUACUUCAGUGCAUUCAGGAAACUAGUGAGGGUAUCCUCUAGUGUCCAGCGUCGGAUAUUCUUCUUUGAUCGCCUAGCUGCUCUGUACUGUUUGCUUCUUCUUCCAAUGGUUCUGGGAAUACAGUCCUUGGAAGUAUUGAAGGGUAGAUAUUCACCUAUCCGUAAAUAUGAAUUUCUGGGACUGAUGUUUUACAGCAUAUACUGUUCUAUCGGCGUUAUUGGAUCUUGGAUUGGCUUGUCAUGGUUAUACAAUUUUGACGAACCUUUAUGGGUUUAA